CCUAAAUCGACCUCUAACAAAAGGACCACUAGAUAAAACAAAGGGAUACAGUAUAUAUCCAGAGGUAUCCAAUAUAUUGUAACGACAAGGCUUCAGUAACCGAUUUGUUGACGUGGACCUGUAACGCGAGCAUACAAAAUGGGUUCAGGUGUACCACGUGGAAUGUUAGCUGCGCGGAAGCUAAAAAGCCGCAGAAGAAGCCAAAGAUGGGCCGAUAAAGCCUACAAGAAGGCACAUUUGGGUACAAGAUGGAAGUGCAACCCAUUCAAAGGAAGCUCACACGCUAAGGGUAUAGUCGUGGAAAAGAUCGCUAUCGAAGCUAAACAGCCAAACUCUGCCUACCGUAAGAGUGUACGUGUACAACUCAUCAAAAACGGUAAGAAGAUUACCGCAUUCGUACCAAGGGAUGGUUGCCUUAACUACAUCGAUGAAAACGAUGAAGUGCUAGUGGCAGGUUUCGGUCGUAGUGGACACUCCGUUGGUGAUCUUCCCGGUGUGCGUUUCAAGGUAGUGAAGGUCGCUGGUGUCUCACUCCUUGCACUCUACAAGGAGAAGAAGGAAAAGCCAAGGUCAUAGACAUAAUGACUAAUCGGUGUUUUAAUCUGUUUAAUACAUA